CCUCACUUGACAGGUAUAUUACUGUGGGAUUAGGAAGAUAAUAUAACAGCAUCUGAUAUGUAAAACGUUCACAAUAAACAAAACAAAAAAUAAUCCACCUUGGUUACAUGUCAGUUCAUAUGAGAACAAAUAUGUGCAAGGGGGAAUACAAGCUGUUUACCUCGGUCACAGCGUGGUACAGCCGGCAUAAUGGACUGUACUGCAUGACAUUUCAAUGCACCAAUCACUUGCGGAGGAGCUGAUUGAGUCUACUUCCCUACACUGGAGUAGCUGAGGGGAAACGGACGCACGGCGAUCCAGUAGCGCGGAUACCUCAUCACCAGCCCAGUGUGCUCGGUCAGAUCGCCACAUUGAGAAAGCUCCGGGAUACAGCGGGCCAUCGAUUCGUCUCUUUCGACCCGGUCACAGUGUCUGCAGCAGGGAGAUGGCCGGUAUUUUGGCGUGGUUUUGGAACGAGAGGUUCUGGCUCCCCCAUAAUGUAACCUGGGCUGACUUAAAAAACACAGAUGAGGCAACGUUCCCGCAAGCCGAGGAUCUGUAUCUGGCGUGUCCUUUAGCUUUCUGCAUCUUUAUGAUACGUCUGGUUUUCGAAAGGUUUAUCGCAAGACCAUGUGCCAUGGGCCUGAAGAUCCAAGCCAACGGGCCACAAAAAGCACAGCCCAACGCUAUUCUGGAGAAGGUUUUCACUGCUAUAACCAAGCACCCAGAUGAAAAGAGGCUGGAGGGCUUGUCCAAGCAGCUCGACUGGGAUGUGCGAACCAUCCAGCGCUGGUUUCGACAGCGGCGCAACCAGGAGAAACCCAGCACCCUCGCCCGAUUCUGUGAAAGCAUGUGGAGAUUUACAUUUUAUCUAUACAUUUUUACCUAUGGAGUGCGUUUCCUUAAAAAGACUCCAUGGCUGUGGAACACUAAAGAGUGCUGGUACAACUAUCCUUACCAGCCACUGACUGUGGACACCCAUUAUUACUAUAUACUGGAGCUGUCUUUCUACCUGUCCUUACUCUUUUCCCAAUUCACAGACAUCAGGAGGAAGGAUUUCCUGAUCAUGUUCCUGCACCACGUGGCAACAAUCUCCCUCAUCACCUUUUCUUAUGUGAACAACAUGGCACGAGUGGGAACUCUGGUCAUGUGUCUCCAUGAUGCAGCCGACGUGCUGAUAGAGGCUGCCAAGAUGGCCAACUAUGCCAAAUGUCAGAUACUGUGUAACCUCCUGUUUGCAAUGUUUGCAAUUCUCUUCAUAAGUUCCAGGCUGGGAGUUUACCCUGUCUGGAUUUUAAAUACCACCUUGUUCGAGAGUUGGGAGAUUGUAGGGCCCUACCCAUCCUGGUGGGUCUUCAACCUGCUUCUGAUCUUGCUGCAGCUUCUUCACUCUUUCUGGUCCUACCUCAUAGUGAAGACAGCGUGCCGAGCCAUCUCCAAAGGAAAAGUUGGAAAAUGGAAUCCUUUACAUGUGUCUAAAGAUGACCGCAGUGACAUUGAGUCCAGCUCUGAUGAGGAUGACAGCCCCCCACCCAAUCAGAAGCACCACAGCAGCAGCAGCACCACCAACGGGACCAACAAAACUCAUGGGACCAAUGGUUACCUGACAGGAGCCCCUUAUCCAGACGAACACUGACUAAGCUGAUGUCACAACACUGGAGCUACAGACACCAUCCAUCAGUCUGUGUGUGUGCGUGUGCGUGUGCGUGUGCGUGCGUGUGUGUAUUUGAGUAUAUGGUGGAGACAUGAACAACAUCGCCUGUCUGGUACUUUAAGUUCUUGAUAGGUUUAUGUGAAUGCGGUUUUGUUGUCAAUUUGAUUCUUUGCUAAUUUCCUCAAGCGAUUUAUUCUCCUCAUCUAUAUACUUGCAUCAGACUGCACUCAGUGAAAUAUCAAAGCACUCCUAUCAGUACAACCCACUCUCUGUUUAGCAGAUGAAUGAAAGCAUUCCACUUUAUGGUGUAAGCAUGCUACUUUAAUAUACACUAGUCUGGCAUACUGGGGAUGUGUUUUUUUUUCUUAUGUUUCUGUCUUUCUAUGUUAUUUAUUUUUUCAUGAAUGUUUGCAGAUGGUAGUUCUACAUCUGUUCUACAACGUGAAAUGAUGUUGAACGACAACAACACAGCUGUUUUUCACACCACACAUCACAACGAGUAUUAGCAAAAUGCUGAAGACCUGGGUUUACUUUUAAUGCUACACCCCCAAAGAUAUGCCAAAAUGAUGAUGAAAGAGUUUGUCUUCACUCACAAAUGAAAAUUGUAAUGUGUGAAGUUUACUCACAUUUUAAAAUACAAUGCAUUCUCCACUCGAGCUGUAUAUGAGAUGUCAAUAACAGUAUUACAUGUGUGCAUCAGAUAUGGCAAGAUGCUGUAUUCCCUAUUGACGCAUUUUGUUAAGUAUUCUGGUACCUUUCUGGUAAGCAUUUCAUCAAAGGCCAUUUGCCCUCUUACA